AUGAGUGCGGCAUCAUCAUCGGCUCGUAUUUUGAUCAAUCAGUUGAAGAAAAUGCAAAAAGAACCUGUAGAAGGUUUUACUGUUGAGUUGAUAGAUGAAAGUGAUGUUUAUAAAUGGAGAUAUUAUAUCAAAGGUCCCACCGAUACUCCCUAUGAAAACGGAAUUUAUCAAGGAACGAUUGAUUUCCCAGAAGAUUAUCCAUUCUCACCACCAACGUUAACAUUUACUAGCGAAUUCUGGCAUCCUAAUGUUUAUACAGAUGGAAAAGUUUGCAUCAGUAUUUUGCACCCUCCUGGAGAAGAUGAAAUGAGUGGAGAACGUCCUGAGGAACGUUGGAAUCCAACGCAAACACCAGAAACUAUUUUAUUAAGCGUCAUAUCAAUGCUUUCUGAUCCAAAUUUUUCAUCUCCUGCUAAUGUUGAUGCUUCCCGGAAAAAAGCAAACCAAGAGCUUCCACCUGGUUUUACAAUGCCAGAACCUUUUAAAUUUAAGCCAGAGCCAUCUACUCCUUUGAAUGCAGAUGAUGAGGAUUUUGAAUUUGAAAUUGAUGAAGAUGACGAUAUUGAUUUGGAUGAGGAUGUUGGAGAUUUAGAUGAAGAGGUUAUUGCGGAAGACGAGGAAUAA